AUGACUGGUCCGCCAGUCAUAACAAAGUAUCGCAGAGUGCUGCCUUAUGAGCUGAUGUCUGGCCUGGGGUACGAGCCACUCUACGCUGUCGCUCCCGCUCCCGCUACGCUUUCGCCUUCCAUUACAGAGACGUAUUUCCCAUAUCUCCUAGAAAUCCUUGAGCGGGAUUCCUCAGCUUUGAAGCGGCGAAAACGGAAUUGUAGGAUGUACUAUGAGGAGAUGACUACGGACGGACUCAGUGAGUGCGAGCUCCCUAAAGAUGAAACUGGUAUCGCCUACGUGGCCUACAUUCUCCCGUAUAGGCAGGCAUAUCUUUGGCCUUUCCUAUGUGACAAGAAGUACCACAAAGAUGACCUCGCAUUUGGCACAAUUAUCUCGGCCCCCUAUUACAGUCAGAAACGAGACGACACUAUUUCGACAUAUGACUACAACACAGGAGUCACAGCCUUUGAUGCUGUUUACUCCAAGCAUCGCAAAAUGGUCAUCAUCGAGUGUUGGGCAGAGCAUGUAGUCUGCUGA